AUGGAAAUGGCAACGCGAGUGAAGAGUUCUGUGAGAAAAGCUCUAGUUUUUCUUUGCUUAUUCACGUUUUUCACUAAAUGUUUUAGUCUCAUUGUAGAUAAAGAUUAUGUAUCAAUUUAUGAGAAUGCAAAACAUUACUGGCCAUUGCAAAAGAUUGUUAACAACACGAGCGUUGAUACAAAAUCAUCCAUACACGCCUCUAUCAUAGAUGCAGCCAUACUUAACGAGACCAAGAUAUUUGGUGCAGCAAUAAUGUUGGAUGGUACUGACGAUUGGAUUGAUUUAGAACCGAUGAAGAAUGACGAAUGUACGACAACAUCAAAAUGUCCACACGGAUUCACCGUCGUUUUAUGGUUAAAACACUUGGGCGGCAAAUUUUUGUUGUGCACGGGCAUGUAUCGGAAUAGCAGAGGGCCUGGUAUCAAGUUUACGUUUGAAAACGAUUGGUUUUUGAUUAAAGUCUCUACAUUUACUCAUUCGUGGAUUUUGAAGUCGAAGUUAAUUUCAGGACGCUGGGUACAUGUCGCCUUUGUAUGGUCUCUUGACGUUGGAAUCAUUUUCUACAUAAACGGUAAAGAGAAGGGAAAAAGCCAACCUAAAAUCAAUGAGAUAUUUACGAAACUGGAAUCUAAUCUUGGAUGGUCAAUUGGCAGACCAAACGACAUUUCCCAACUAAACAAUUAUGGACAUUUAGGCAUUUCUCAUCUCGCCUAUUGGCCCAGGCAACUCACUCAAUUUGAAAUCAACACAGCAUAUUAUGAAACUGUUUUAUCCGAGCAAAAGAAAUUGAGAGACUUUAUAGCCUCUAAGUCACCAACGAGUAAGACUGACUUUAGUUUGAAGACCUCGGGAAAUUCCAGAUCUGCAGCUGUGCAUCCUUCCAAUCUGGUCAAUUGUGGCUGUUUAUUUCUAUGCUUUUCGUUUCCUUUCUUUGACUUGGGAAAGCAGCGCAUGCGUCAAAAGUGUCAUGAAAAGUAAUUGGUGCUCAAAAUCUUUUGCUUGGAAAAGAAAUUUUAUGUUUGGUGUGGAUAUUAGUAUAUGGAUGUUGUAAUAUCUGUAUUUAGUCAGAGGAAUUUUUCAUGUAUAAUUGGAUACAUACUUCAAUAUAUUAUUUUGACAUUACAAAUUCAGUUGUUGGAAAAAUAUGUUGUAAUUUUAAACUUUGAGUUGUCAUACCAUCAACAAUUUGCAAUGAAUAAAUGACAAAGAAAUUGAAA